AAGCGAUCAUGGGUUCUUCUUCUAUAAACUUGUAUGCAAGAAUAGGUGAAGGGCAAUCAACCACACGGCCACCUCUUUUUGAUGGAACCAAUUAUACAUAUUGGAAAGAACGAAUGAGAAUCUAUAUUCGUUCCAUUAACUUCCAAUUAUGGUUGGUUAUCAAAAACGGGGAAGAGGUGCCAAUGAAGAAAGUCGGAGAUAAGUUGAUCCCCAAGACCAAAGACGAAUUUGAUGCCGAAGACAUCAAGAAAGUAGAGAACUAUGCAAAGGCAAUUAACAUGCUCUACUGCGCGGUCAACCCUGAUGACUACCACAAGAUCUCCUGCUGCUCAAUCGCCAAGGAGAUGUGGGAUAAGCUCGAGGUGACGUACGAAGGAACGUGUUAGAAUAAGUGCCCUUCACUAGAGGGGGGGUGAAUAGUGAGGCACGGGAAUGUUUAUAAAUUUUUGCGGAAUAAAAAUCGCAGGGAAUAAAGUAAAGAGCGGAAU